AUGUCGGCCAACCAGGAAGAUGCCAAGACGAAGCAGCUCAGGGAGCUGAUGGAGAAGCAGAUUCUUCUGAUGGAUGGCGCCAUGGGCAGCUUGAUCCAGGAGUACAAGCUCACCGAAGAGGAAUUCCGAGGCGAGCGAUUCAAGGACCACACCCACCCGCUCAGGGGCGACAACGAUUUGCUGUGCAUUACGCGACCGCACGUCAUCAAGGAGAUUCACAUGAGGUACCUUGAUGCCGGAUCGCACAUCAUCGAGACGAACACGUUCAACUCGACGUCGAUCUCGCAGGCCGACUACGGUCUCGAGACCCUGGCCUACGAGAUGAACAAGGCCGCCGCCCAGCUCGCCAAGGAGUGCACGGCCGAGGCCAUGCGCAAGGACCCCUCCAUCCCGCGCUUCGUCGCCGGUGCCCUGGGUCCCACCAACCGCACGGCCUCCGUCUCGCCCAAGGUCGAGGACCCGGCCUUCCGUAACGUCACCUUCGAGGAGCUGGUCGAAGCCUACACAGAGCAGGCCAAGGGUCUGUACGACGGUGGAGCCGACAUUCUGCUGGUCGAAACCAUCUUCGAUACCCUGAACGCCAAGGCCGCCCUCUACGCGCUCAUCGAGCUCUUCGAGGACCCCAAGUACCCCCGCAUUCCCCUCUUCAUCUCGGGUACGGUCAUCGACAAGAACGGACGCACGCUGUCCGGUCAGACCGUCGAGGCCUUCUAUAUUAGCGUUUCCCACGCCAAGCCCCUCGCCGUCGGUCUCAACUGUGCCCUCGGUGCCGUUGAAAUCCGUCCCUUCCUGCAGCAGAUCUCGAACCUGGCCGAGGAGUUCGCCGAUGAGGGCCUGAUCAACGUGGCGGGAGGGUGUUGUGGUACCACGCCCGACACGAUUCGCGCCGCCGCCGCGGCCCUCAAGGACGUGAGCCCGCGCAAGAUCCCCCAGCUGCCGCCCUACCUCCGCCUGUCGGGCCUCGAGCUGCUCACCUUCACGCCCGACCUCAACUUCGUCAACGUUGGCGAGCGGUGUAACGUCACCGGCUCUCGCAUGUUCGCCAACCUCAUCAAGGCCAACAAGCUCGAUAAAGCGCUGGAGGUCGCCAAGCUGCAGAUCCAGAACGGUGCGCAGAUCCUCGACAUCAACUUCGACGAGGCCAUGUUGGACAGCGAGGCCUCCAUGUCCAAGUUCCUUCGUCUCAUCGCCUCCGAGCCCGAUAUCUCGCGCGUGCCGGUGAUGUUGGAUUCGUCCAAGUUCUCGGUCAUCCACACGGGCCUGCGCCUGGUGCAGGGCAAGUGCAUCGUCAACAGUAUCAGUUUGAAGGAGGGCGAGACCGACUUCCUCGACAAGGCUCGCCUCAUCCAGAAGUUCGGCGCGGCUGUCGUCGUCAUGGCCUUCGACGAGGAGGGCCAGGCGACGUCGACCGAGCGCAAGUUCGAGAUCUGCGAGCGCUCGUACCGCCUCCUGACCGAGAAGGUGGGUUUCCUCCCGCAGGACAUCAUCUUCGAUCCCAACAUCCUCACCGUCGCCACCGGCAUUGAGGAGCACAACAACUACGCGGUGAACUUCAUCGAGGCCAUCAAGGAGAUCAAGGCGCGCCUUCCUCACGCCAAGGUGAGCGGCGGCGUCUCCAACUUGUCCUUCUCCUUCCGUGGUUUCGACUCGCUCCGAGAGACGAUGCACAGCGUGUUCCUGUACCACGCGAUCAAGGUGGGCAUGGACAUGGGCAUUGUCAACGCCGGCAACCUGCCCAUCUACGACUCGAUCCCCAAGGAGGCGCUGGACCUGGUCGAGGACUGCAUCUUCAACCGCCGGCCCGAUUCCACCGAGCGGCUGCUGGCCUACGCCAGCUCGCAGGGCAAGGACAAGAAGGAGUCCACCAAGACCGUCGACGAGUGGCGCACCACCUCCGUCGAGGAGAGGCUCAAGCACGCCCUCAUCAAGGGUAUUGACCAGUACGUGGACGAGGACACGGAGGAGGCCCGGCUCAACAAGCAGCGGUUCCCGUCGGCCCUCAACAUCAUCGAAGGCCCGCUCAUGGACGGCAUGAACAUCGUCGGCGACCUGUUCGGUGCGGGCAAGAUGUUCCUGCCGCAGGUGAUCAAGUCGGCGCGGGUGAUGAAGAAGGCGGUGGCCUACCUGACGCCGUUCAUGGAGGCGGAGAAGGAGGCGGCCCGGCUGGCCGGCGGGUUCGAGGCCGAGGAGACCCACGCGCCCAAGGUCCUGAUGGCCACGGUCAAGGGCGACGUGCACGACAUCGGCAAGAACAUCGUGGGCGUGGUGCUGGGCUGCAACAACUACAAGGUCAUCGAUCUGGGCGUGAUGACGCCGUGCGACAAGAUCAUCAAGACGGCGAUCGAGCACAACGUCGACGUCAUCGGCCUCUCGGGCCUCAUCACCCCGUCGCUCGAUGAGAUGGUCUUUGUCGCCAAGGAGCUCAAGAAGCACGGCCUCAAGAUCCCGCUCCUCAUCGGCGGUGCUACGACGUCGCGCGUGCACACGGCGGUGAAGAUUUCGCCGAACUACGACCACCCGGUGAUUCACGUGGCCGACGCCUCGCGCUCGGUCUACGUCGUGUCGUCCCUGCUCGACCCCAACGCCAAGCAGGAGUACGCCGCCGAGAUCGCCGACGAGUACACCGAAGUCCGCGAGGAGCACUACGCCUCCCUUCGCGAGCGCAAGUAUUUGAGUCUGGAGGUGGCGCGCAAGAAGAAGCCGGUGGUGAACUGGUCGCGCGUGACGCCCGUCGCGCCCACGUUCCUGGGCGCGCGCCGGGUCGAGUACGACCUCGCCGAGCUGGUGCCCUACAUCGACUGGAACCCGUUCUUCCAGGUGUGGCAGCUGCGCGGGUCCUACCCCACCCGUAACUACCCGCGCGUGUUCGAGGACGCCAAGGUGGGCGAGCAGGCGCGGAAGCUGUUCGACGACGCGCAGGCCAUGCUGGCGGAGAUCAUCGCGCAGCGCUCGCUCAAGGCCGUGGGCGUGGUGGCCUUCUACCCGGCGCAGUCGGUGCAGGAGGACAUUGAGGUGUACGCGUCGGAGGAGGCGCGCGAGGGGGAGGCGGCGGCCAAGUUCUACGGCCUGCGGCAGCAGGCGGAGAAGGCGACGGACGAGCCCUACGCGGCGCUGGGCGACUUCGUGGCCCCGAAGGGCAGCGGGGUGAAGGACUAUAUCGGCCUCUUCGCAGUGUCGGCCGGCUUCGGCCUCGACGAGCUGAUCGCCGGCCACAAGGCCAACCACGACGACUUCUCCAUCAUCCUCGCCCAGGCCCUCGCCGAUCGUUUGGCUGAGGCGUUCGCCGAGAAGCUGCACGCGGACGUGCGUACCAAGAUGUGGGGCUACAGCAAGGACGAGCAGCUCGACGCCAGCGAUCUGCUCAAGAUCAAGUACCAGGGUAUUCGUCCGGCGCCGGGCUAUCCCACGCAGCCCGACCACACGGAGAAGAUCACGAUGUGGAACCUGAUGAAGAUCAAGGAGGAGUCGGGCAUCGAGCUCACCGAGUCGCUGGCCAUGCUCCCCGCCGCCUCCGUCUCGGGUCUCUACUUCGCCAACGAGCACGCCAAGUACUUUGCCGUCGGCAAGAUCACCAAGGACCAGAUCAACGAGUACGCGCAGAGGAAGGGCCAGUCGGUGGAGGAGGCGGAGAAGUGGCUCUCGGCCAACCUCAGCUACCAGUAA